AUGUCCGCGACCUCGGUGAUUGCCUCCAAGUGUUUGUCUAUUAGCAGCAUCAGCAGCGUGAACAGCUUCAGGAGAAUCUCGCCCGCAACGCUUGUCAGCAUGAACCCAUUCCGCAGAUCGUCCGGCAGUAUCAGUAGUCUCAAAGAUAACUUUAUGGGAGUACUGGCAUCUUCGUCUCCCACAAGCAUUGUCAGCAACAGCUCCUUUAGGCGAUCGCCUACCAGUAACGUAAGCAACUUUAAAGAUCCCAUCAAUACAUUUCAGUCGUCGUUCACCACGACAACUUUCACGCCCUCACCGUUCAGUAAAUCGUCUGUCAGCAAUAGCAGUGUAAAGGAUUGCUUUGAGGCUGCCAGGAUCACGUCUCUACGAAAAGACGCCGCCUCAAACUCUGCCUCUGGGUCCGAGCCCUCUUCUCCUCUGGCUCCAGUUGAAGCGACUCCAAUCCAAACCGAAGUAACAGUCGAUGGUAAAGUCGAUUCAGACAAGGCAGACAUUGAAGAACAGACCUUGAGCGUGAAUAGCGUUGCGGCGAUGGAAAGCACUGAUACCAAGGCUAGCCAUGCGAGGUUCGUCAAGGAAAAGUCAAUGUAG